GUUUAGUCGAAGGUGAAGCUCUCAGCUUUAUGUUGUGUAACUCUGUUCUUGUAUAAUUUUUUUUGCAUCAAAGAUGACGUUCAAAUCUCUAAUCAAUGGAAAUGGAAAAGCUCCUUGGGAUGCAUCUAUUGAACGUUAUCAUAAUGACGAAGGUGGCUACCACCAUGGAUAUCGCGGAAACUCUAAAGGAAAAGGUGGAAGUAGCGCUGCGCUGAGUGCACUGACCUUGCUCGCCUUCCUAUUUCUUUUAAACGUCAUGCAGCAAUCUUUGCAGGAUAAUAAUUCGACACUCGCUCCGACAGCCACAACACUGUUAUUACGAGACACCGAAAUGCCAAUUGUCUUGGACAAUGGGAAUGAGAAAAAUAUUAAGAUAAAGGAUGAUUUCGUAGAUGCAACGAAUACAUAUGAUUCAAGAACAACAAUAAAAGAUUAUGCAUAAUAUGCGAGGAUUGAUCAUUUGACAGUUUUAUAUUUUCUAAAUAGCUC